AUGGAUUCCAUGUCUCUUAUGUCCUCUCCUAAUGUCUGUUCGCUCACAACUGGGGGAAAUCUCUGGCGAAGCAAACAUUACACCAAGAACAUUUCCUAUGCACGUUCUUUUGCGCCAAAAGCUUCAAUGCGACAAAGGAAAAGUCAAGUAGAAUAUAAUCUUUCAAGGUUCCAUCAACCAAGUAUGAACAAUCAGUUCAAAAGUGUUGAAGGAGGCUCUCUAUAUAAAGAAAACGAUCAGAAAUAUAUACCCAAAGCAAUUUCUGAAGAAUCUUUUGAUUCUGAAGGAAGUGCUUCUGAACCAAAAGACAUUGUUGGCUCUGUGAAACGUUUCUUUGUAGCGUUAUAUUGGUUUUGCUAUCCUUACACAAUGUUUGGUCGAACAUUAAGCACAAUUUCUGCAUCUCUCCUAGCGGCGGAAAAACUCUCAGAUAUAUCAUCUCCUUUAUUUUUCAUUGGUGUGUUACAGGCUCUGCUACCUUUCAUGUUUAUGGAUUUUUACGUUAAUGGCGUGAAUCAACUGUAUGACCUUGACAUUGACAAGAUAAACAAACCAUUUCUUCCAUUGCCAUCGGGGGCGUUUUCCUUUACAACUGGUGUCAUUGUUACUGUAUCAUCUGCAAUCCUGGGUUUUUUGACUAGCUAUAUGAUAGGUUCUUGGCCACUAUUUUGGGGUCUUCUAGCAUUCUUUGUGAUAUGGAGUGGUUAUUCAAUCAAGGGUCCCCUGUUGAGAUGGAAGAAAAAUCCUCUGCUUGCGGCAAUGUGCAUCUUUUCUACUUUGGCUCUCGUAUUUCCCCUUUCGUUUUUCUUUCACAUGAAGACUUUUGUGUUGAAGAGAGCAGCUGUGUUUCCAAAGCCACUGAUGACAUUUGUUGCAUUCACGACCAUAUACUCAUUAGGCAUAGCACUGUUCAAGGAUAUACCUGAUAUCGAAGGAGAUAAAGCAUUUGGCAUCCAAUCUUUUUCAACACGUUUAGGUCAAAAACGGGUAUUCUGGAUCUGUGUUUCCAUGUUGGAAUCGGCUUUUGGAGUUGCAAUUCUGGCAGGAUUAUCAUCUUCUUUGCUUUGGGUUAAAGUUGUCGCGGGUUUGGGACAUGCUGUUCUUGCUUCAAUUCUCUGGUACCAGGCCAAAUUUGUAGAUUUGAGUGACAAAGGUUCCAUUAGAUCCUACUAUAUGCUGAUUUGGAAGCUAUUGUACGUAUCCUACUUCCUCAUACCUAUGAUUAGAUAG